AUGGACUGUGAGAAUGACACGGAUGUUGUAGAGUUUGUCCUUCUGGGUUUCUCCUCACGACCUGAACAACAGCCUCUUUUCUUCUUCAUCUUCCUGCUGAUGUACGGAGCAGGCCUUCUGGGCAACAUCAUGAUGCUCGUUCUGAUCACCGUGGAUGCCAGACUUCAGACCCCCAUGUACUUCCUGCUGCGUAGCCUUUCUGUGGUGGACGUGGGGUUCAUCACCGUCACAGUGCCCCAGAUGCUGGCUCACAUGGUGUCCUCUUCCAAGACCAUCCCUUUCUACUCCUGUAUGGCCCAGUUCUUCUUCUUCUACGUGUUUGGUGUCACAGAUCUGCUCAUGGUGAGCGUUAUGGCUCUGGACCGCUACGUUGCCAUUUGCAACCCUCUCCACUAUGCUGCAGUGAUGAACCAGAAGGUCUGUGGAUAUUUGGUGGCUGGGUGCUGGAUCGUUUCCACCCUCCACUCCAUGCUGCAUGCUGGCCUCCUCCUGCGACUCAGUUACCGUGGAGACAACCACCUGUCCCACUUCUUCUGUGACCAUCAGCCCUUGCUGCAGCUCUCCUGCUCAGACACCAGCAUCAAUGAAGCCGCCAUCUUCUUUGAGGGUGGCCUCAUUAUCCUUGGUCCAUUUUUCUUCAUUAUUCUUACCUAUGUCCGCAUUGUGGUGACUGUCAUGAAGUUCUCUUCCUCGGGGAAGCGCAAAGCUUUCUCCACCUGUGGCUCCCAUCUCACCAUGGUGGUUCUCCUCUAUGGGGCCAUCAUUGGGGUCUACUUCCAACCCGCAUCCAGCUACUCUGCCCAACGUGGGGCCAUAUUUGCUGUCAUGUACACUGUCAUCACACCAAUGUCCAAUCCCUACAUCUACAGUCUCCGGAACAAAGAUGUGAAAGGAGCUCUGUGGCGUCUCCUGGGGAAGAGGGUCUUUUCUCAAUAG